AUGGUUUAUGAUAAUGAAACAAGAACAACAUCUAAUUCUCCUGGUGUACAUAUUAGAGUGCCUGGUUUUGGCAACACUACGAGUAUUGAUUGGCUGGAUCCUAGUCAGAUAUCACCCAGUGCGUAUUUUGUGAACAUCAUUGAUAUGCUAGUCACGCAAGGUUAUACAAGAGAUGUAGAUAUUCGAGGUGCUCCAUAUGACUUCAGGAAAGCUCCAAAUGAAAUGACAGAUUAUUUUAAAUGUCUUAAAAAUUUAACAGAAGAUACAUAUGAAAAAAAUUCUCAGACCAAAGUUACUUUUAUCUGCCACAGCAUGGGCUGCCCUAUCAUGAGCUACUUUUUUAAUCAGCAGACACAAGCUUGGAAAGAUGAAUAUAUAAAAGCAUUGGUUUCACUUGGAGGAGCAUGGGGAGGUGCAGUGAAAGCUAUGAAAACAUUUGCAUCAGGAGAAAAUCUUGGUGUUUUCGUUAUAAGCCAGACAAACGUACGUAAGGAACAACGUACAUGCCCCAGUCUUUCUUACAUGAUGCCUUCGGACUUACUUUGGGGUAAAGAUGAAAUCUUGAUGAUUACAGCAAAUAAAAAUUACACUGUAUCUAACUAUUAUGAAUUUUUUCAAGAUAUUGAUUUUCCUAUUGGGUAUGAAAUGUAUAAAGAUACAUAUAAAUAUGCAAGAACUGGCUUGAACCCCCCUGGUGUUGAAGUGCAUUGUCUUCAUGGCUUGAAUGUGACUGAUACUGUUGUCAAGCUGGAUUUCCGAAAUACAUCCCACUUUCCUGAUAAUCCAAAAUUAAUUUAUGGUGACGGAGAUGGCACAGUGAAUGUUAGAAGCUUACAAGCAUGUUUGCAAUGGCAAGGCAAGCAAAAGCAAAAAGUAAACCAUGCUGCAGUAUAUAAUGUGGAUCAUAUGGGAAUAUUGGCAGAUGCUCAUGUCCUGGAAUACAUCAAGAAUGUCGUUCAUCAGUGGUGAUUUUUGAUUUUCCAGACUUCUGACUCGUAUGUGCCUUUCCUUGAGAAUAUCUCCUAGUUCAGAAUAACAUGCAAAAUUUUAUUUAGGUAAAUUUUGUUUGCAGCAUAAAACAAGGUUAUGCUUUUUAUUUAUUUUUAAUAAUAAAUUUAGGUAGGAUUGUAAAUAUAUAUAUAUAUAUAUUUAUAUUUUCUAAAUGCCUAGUAAGGCAAUAGUAAUUCAAAAGUCAGAACUAUGUCUACAAGACUGAUCAUAUCACUAGAUGGCAGUAUUAAAGUGUUAUUUUAUAUCAUGAACAAUCAUUUUCUGCACUUCUCAAUAACUAAUUGGAACAAUACCACAUUAAAGUAACAUUUCUUCAGUUUCACAACUUCACGAUAAUUUCGGUAUGCAGUUGUGCCACUUGCCUGAAAAUCUUGUUAAGUCAGGGAAACGAAAAGUGGCUUUUAAAAGAAAAGUAACCUACAAACAGUUGUUUUUAUAAGCAAGGAAAUAAAAGAGUUCUGUAAUGUUCUGUGUUGCUCUUGCUUCUUGAAAGUAUUUUACUUAGCUGAAACAAUUUUAUAGACCCAUUAUGCUGUUCUUCAUGUAUUUGUUUAAAGUAGCAUUAUCACUUUCAUAUUUCUUUGGUGUGUGUCUCUCUUGUUACCAAGUGGUUCUCAUACUUGUUUUGUUUGAAUUGUAUUAGUUCACUGUUUUUACCAGAGACUUUUUUUACAAAAAAAUUAUGUGGCAUGAAGAUUUUAUUUCAAAAAUGUUAUUUCUGCAAGGGGGAGAAAUCCUUAUCAUUAAUUAUAUUAAAUAAAUUUUAAACAGAAAAAAAAUUAAGUUAUUUUAUAACUCUUGAAAUAAUUAUUUUCAUUACCCCAUUUCCUCGGAUUUAAUAUUCACUCUUCAAAUAAUUGCAUUUAGAAUGAAUUCUGUUAGUUCAUAUAGUAUUUCUUUAAAUUGCUUUUUUGUAUAUGUUAAAUAUGUUGAAUAUUUGAGUUUUCAUUAUUCAAUACAUAUUAAUGUGUGCAGCUGUAUGUAAAUAUAAAAAUAGAUAUUUUAAAGAUCUUUAAAAGUAGAAAAGUUAUUUACUCAUCUAGUAGAAAAAUCCAGAGUGCCUAUAAGGGUGGCACAGAGGUUGCCAUUUCUUAAUUACGAAUAAGCAUUUUGCAUGUGACAAAACAUCAUACUGCCUUAUACAUAGGCUCACAAGUUGAACCUCGGACCGAACUACCAGCGUUUAUCGCUCGGCCACUGGUGCACUGUGUUGUGUUCUACAUUCUUAAAAAAAAAAAAAAAAAAAAAAAAAAAAAAAAAAAAAAAAAGAGGGGGGGGGUGUCAUAAAAUAUGCUUUUUAUUGAUUUUAUGUCUUUUUUAGUAAUUUCAAAUCUUGUUUUCUACUUGUUACUUCAUAAAUCCAAUAAAUAAAUAAAAUGAUAAAAAUGUUAAAUGAAGUCAGUAACUUAUAAAAAUAAAUUACAUUUAAUUAACUUUUUAUUAUUAAUUCAAUGAAUGGCAGUGUACUUACAAACUGAUAAACCAUUUUAUUUUGAAGAAAAUAUUUUCCAAAAAACCAGGUCUACGUUUCUUCUUGGAUUAGUGAUAUAAUGUUUAGUUCAUAGUUUUCAGUAUAAUAUAAGUAAUAUCUAAUAUUGCAAUAUUUUACGAUUUUUUUGUAAAAUUAUUGACAAAGAUGCACAUUAUUCAAAAAAUUUACUGAGCUGCGAAUGAGUAGAUUGAAUGUAUUUAAGGUAUGCGAAAGCUGCAAGUUAGGUAUGUUUUUUAGACUUUCUUGCUGUUUUCAUUGACAGUAGAUGUAAACUCAUUAAAAGAGUUUAUUUUAACUGUACAGUUUCUUAUAAUGUUAUUCUCAAAUUGCACACAUACUUGUGAUUAUACAAACUUUUGUGUAUUAUACCAAAGUCGCCAUAUAAUAAAUUUAGAUUAUUGAAAACGUU